AUGCAAACGAGAAAAGAUGUCUGUUGGAAGGUUCGACUGCUCUUGAUUUUAUGAUUGCGUUUCUUCCGCAGAUGCUGCGCUUGAAUUCAACGUCGGAGUACCUGAGCGCUUGCGCCAAAUUUUCCGCCUUUGCUCCAAAAAUGGAAACGGUCGAAGACUUGGCCCUUGUCACUGGUCAGGGGUCUUCGAAAACUAUAAAUGACCUUCCUUUUUCAGAAUUGCAGAAGGAAAUGUGUGGUGGAAAGCGGUGUGGAGCGGUCUGUAUCGAUAAAAACAAAGGAUCUGACUUUUUCGAGGUUUUUUGGAGCUUUGACAUAGAAAAUAGAGAAAUUUUGAACAAUUAGGAUAAUAUAUACAUAGGCGAAUCGAGAAAGGGUAUCGCGAGACCCUCUGAGGUAUAUCGAAGGGCCUGAAGUCUAUCGAUGGUACCUCGAGUCUGAGGAUUUUGAGCAAAAAGAGUUAGAAUUGAGAUAAACUCUCAAGGACUCGAGAUGGCUCAGAUAUAGCUAAAAAGUGUGCUGGAGGCCUCACGAUGGACACAUUAUGGCACCUUCUCGAUUCUUCUGUGGUAGCGCUGUCGGAAUAUACCAACCGAUCGAAGUAAUUUAGAAUUUUAAAAAAAAUGAAAAGAACCUGAUCUGUUUGUUACCAAGUUUUGAUAAUAAGAAAUGGUUUCUCAUCCACAGUUUCCGCAUCAUGUCUGAAAAACUUCAAAAUAGAGCUUCAUCUGAAAAAACUUUCAUAUCAAACAUUUUCCAGCGAAAACAAGCCUCAGUUUACUACGCGAAUGAGGCCACGUACAGAGAAGAAUCAACGGAAUUUGUGACUCUUUUCAAGGAACCUCCUAUUGCUGAAGACAACAUCUACAUAAAGUUUUCCAUGAUGAAGAGGAGUUAUACGUAAGUUUUUUUGUUGAAAGUUGAAAAAUUAAAUAAAAGCAAAAAAAAGUUCUCCCCCCGGGGUGCGGCCUACCCCCAAACUCUUUAGGACGUUACGGCAUUGUGACCCACACACACAGCACAUCCACUUUCACCUCAAAGGCAUAGGGGCAGGAAAAAAAGGGAUUUGAGGUGAAGAGUACCUUGUAGAGCUUUUUAUUGCUGAUCAAACGGUCUACCUAAUAAAUCACAGAUAGGAGUAACUAUGGAGAAAAAUUCUAUUUUUGUUUUCCCGCCUUUUAAUUUUGAAAUUUUCUUUGGAUGGGUGUACAGAAAACUGAUUACAGUAGCCGUGCACGCAAUGUUGCGGACGUGUCCUUAGACUCCUAAUUUGUGAGAAAUGACCGGAUAUCUGCUACGAAUUAGAGCUUUUUUCUCUGAAAAAACAAUUAGGCGAACAAAAACACACCGAUUUUUAAGGACCCGCAAGGUAUAUAUUUCUCAAUCGAACUCCGUAUGAAAUCAACAUUUUUCACCAGAGAAGCAUUUCGCGAGCGAAAUUUGCAAGUUUCAUAUAAGUAAAAAGCUUUCAUUACGGAAAAAAAAAACUUUGAUGAAAAGUACAACGUUUGACAUGCUUUUUUUGCAGUGUGGUCUUCACCUUUCUCACUAUUCCUGACUCCAACCUCAGCCAGGCGACCACAGCCCUCCUUUUAAAAUUCCAAAGAUCGAAGUCGGAGAACGGAAAAUAUUCCACAGUGAGUUGAGCUGAUUAUAAUUCAAGCCUGUGAUAGACAUACCAUGUUGAAUGCGGUAAGUGGCAAAGCGAUUCUGGCAAAUGUUCAAGCGAUCCCGGAAUGUUCAGCGAAUUUGAAAACCUGAUUACGCUUAAGUAAGACUUCCUUAUCUUUUUUCAAAUCGAUUGGAAGAAGUUCUAGGUUCCAAGAAUCAGGGAUAACACUUCUGAUCAAUUCCGAGUCGGCUUGUUCUUUUAUCCCGUUUUCUCCGCGCGAAUCGGAAAUCAACGGCUUCAAAUUUACAUCGAAAGGCGGUUUGGGGGCCGAAAUCAUAGAAGUUAUCGCUGGCAACGUGUAAACCAUUUUUAUAUCAAACAGUCAAUCAUUGUAUCUCACAAGAAUGAAAACCCCCUCGAAAAUAUCCUACAAAAAUAAAAACAAUCCACGUUCAAAGCCCUAAUAGAAAAGCAGUUACAGUUCAAGUAGUAUAGAAAAAAGACAUCGUUUGAAUUAGCCAGCGAUUUAUAGUGCGGAGAUGACUUCGAACUAAUUUGAAAAAUCCUUCUUUUCAUUCAUUUUUUUCAUGAUUGCGUUUUUCUCGAGUUCCGCGCCAAAAAGCCGCGUCGCAACGCUUCAUCCUUUCCAUUCUACCAGCUCGCCUUUUGAGUCGGGAAAACGCGGCUAUAAAAACAUAGAGGAAAAUGUCACUCCUGAUGAUAAUAGGAAUAAUUUUGCUUGCGAGAAGCCAACGUUUUUCGCUUGAUUUCUCAUUCCGUCUUCAUUUCUCUCAUUUAUCUGUUCAGAGAUCUCCAGCCAACAUAUGUUUCGCCAUACUGUAACUGGGGGAUGGACGAAGUACAGUAAACCUCCGAUUACCGUAUCAUCCCUUUUUUUGCAGGAUUCUCUUUUUGUUCCUUACAUUGAUGGAUCAGUAGAAAAAGAACAGUUUAUUGUGUGUCAAAAAGGUGAAUUUUUAUUCCAUCAUCGUGUUACAAAAAUGUGUAUUUCCAAUAAAAUUUAUGAUGUUUCGAUUUUGUUAGCUUUCAAAAAAACUUUGAACUCUCAAAAACUUGCUUUAUACAUCGGAUAGUCAGUUACAUGUAAUGAUAAAUAUUCGCAGACAAAAUAGAAUCAAAAACGCCAGCAGGACUUGCCGCUUCUACUGAUCAAGCUGAGACACAAGCUGAGAUGGAAGAGCGUGAGAAGUUUCUCUUCGAUUCAAAACUCACCUUUACCUUUCUUCAGGUACCUACAAGUUGAUGAUUCUUGUCGUUGGUAGCAUCACAAUCUUCGUAGCCGUUCUCGCCGCAGCUUUCGUCGUAAAAUGA